GAUUAACGUGAACUUUAAGACAACUAUGACUUCAAAUAAACUUGUGGGCUUUGUUAUAGUUUUUAUUUUAAAUUAUUUAAUUAAAUCUACAAAAUGUUUGGAUCCUUAUCAUGGAACAUUGGAAACUGAGUUAAAUUCUCAGGGGCGCAGUGUUAACAAGGAGAGAAUAACUCCUGUACAAGAAAUGAAAACAGAAUAUUGGUUUGAAAAGGCUCAGAACAGUUUAAAAAAGCGUGUAAAUUAUAAACAAAAUAAUGGAAAAGCUAAAAAUAUUAUAUUCUUUUUGGGAGAUGGUAUGUCAAUAGCAACAUUAACAGCUGCACGUAUACUGAAAGGACAGCGUCAAGGUUUAAGUGGUGAAGAAGCGGUGUUAACUAUGGAAAAAUUUCCCUAUACAGGACUGAGCAAGACCUAUUGUACUAAUGCUCAGACAGCUGAUUCUGCUUGCAGCGCUACGGCUUACUUGACUGGAGUCAAGACUAAUUUACGUUUAAUUGGAGUCAAUGCUAAAGUAGACUAUUUAAAUUGUAGUGCUUCUAUAGAUCCUGACAAUCAUGUAGAAUCGAUAGCUUUAUGGGCUCAGCAAGCGGGUAAAUCAACUGGUAUUGUUACCACCACAACCAUAACACAUGCCAGUCCUUCUGGAAAUUACGCCCAUGUUGCUAGUCGUCAUUUUGAGAGUGAUUAUGAUAUAAUUAAAGCUGGUAUACCUUAUCCAGAGGAUUGUUUGGAUAUUGCCACUCAGUUGAUAGAAAAUGAGCCGGGUAAACAUUUUAAUGUUAUGAUGGGAGGUGGUCUAACGAAAUUUAUACCCUCUACACAAAAUGACACCUUUGGUUCAAAGGGUGAGCGGCAAGAUGGUAAAGAUUUAAUACAACAAUGGAGAACAGAAAAUCCGGAAGGAGUUUUUGUCUCAAAUUUAGAGGAACUGAACAAUUUGGAUUACAAUAAAACCAAAAAGGUUUUAGGACUCUUUCAUUCUGCCCAUUUGGAUUAUAAUGCUCGUAAGAAAGUCUUAAAUCCCGCACAACCUAGACUUAAAGAUAUGACUGCCAGUACCAUAAAAAUGUUGCAGAAAAAUCCUGAGGGUUAUUACGUUUUCAUAGAGGGUGGUCGCAUAGAUCAUGGUCAUCAUCAAACUAGAGCUGGUUAUGCUUUAGAUGAAACUCUAGAAUUUGAUGAAGCUAUUCGAACUGCCUUGGAAAUGACCAAUGAAGAGGAUACUUUAAUAGUGGUAACUGCCGAUCAUUCACAUACCAUGUCUAUGGCGGGUUAUCCGGGACGUGGUAAUCCAAUUUUAGGUUUAAAUGAAUAUGAUGUAGAUUUGGAUGGUGUACCGUAUAGUGUGUUAAAUUAUGCUGUGGGACCUAAACAGUAUAUAGAGGUUAAGGACAAUACCUGGAAGCGUAAGGACUUAACGGGAGAAACUCAUGACUUUAUAGUUAAACCCAGUUACAUUAAGAAAUCAUCUGGUCAUCAUGCUGGCGAGGAUGUUGCCAUUUUUGCUCGAGGUCCUCAAUCGCAUUUAUUCAGCGGUACCAUGGAACAAAAUGUUAUACCUCAUUUAAUGGCAUAUGCUGCUUGCAUAGGCAAAGGUGCCAAGUUGUGCGAGGAAUAGUGAGUGGAAGACGAAAUUUUUGCGACAUCUGAUAUGAAAUUAAGUUUAAGGAAAAAAUUACAUAUAUAGACUA